AUGCCUGAGGUUAUUAAUGUAUUGCAGAAAAGUCUGUCAUGCUCUCAACAUGUAUCGCUUAGGAUUGAAGACUUGUUCUCAGUGCGUGAUAAGGUCGUCAUCGUCACGGGCGGUGGUUCUGGUAUUGGGAAGUGUAUCGCGCGGGGAUUUGCACUCAAUGGGUCCCGCGUUUAUAUUGUUGGCCGACGCUUGGAGGUUCUGCAAGCUGCUGCUGGCGAAAUAGGUGGCGAUAUACACGUACUGCAGGGAGACCUUGGGACUAAGGCUGGUUGCGAGAAAGUGACGGAGCAGGUGAGGGCGCACGAAUCUCACAUUGACACCCUCGUCAACUGCGCUGGAUUGAUGACCCUCUGGAAGGUUUAUGCUAAAGAUCCAGAUAAUGCCAACGAGGUAGAACGCAUGCUGCUCGAUGGCAUCGAUGAGGUUUACGUGACGACGGUUCCAGUUAAUGUCCGCGGAGUCUACUUCAUGACGACAUGUUUGGUUCCAUUGCUACGAAAUGCUGCUACUCCAAACGUUUUAAUCAUAUCGUCUUUAGCCGCUUUGACAAACCAAACGUCUGUGACAUCAGUGGCGUACGAUCUCUCAAAGGCUGCCGAAACCAAACUUGCCCUGUUGCUGUCAUCCGGCCUUCGCCCAAUGAAGAUUCGCGUGAACACAAUUUGCCCCGGGAUAUUUCCUUCAGAGAUGACGACCUUGGCAUCUCACGAGCGUAAAUCGCCAGUCCUCACCGCGGACACAGACCAGGUCGGGUGGGGUCUGCAUCCCGUCGCAGAGAAGACAACACUGCGAUCAACUGCUGGACGCCCGGGCCGCCCCGAGGAGAUAGUAGGGCCGGUUUUGAUGCUCUCAAGCGCGGCUGGUGCAUAUAUGAACGGUGCUAGGCUCGUUAUCGAUGGCGGACUUCUUGUCAAUGCCUUGAGCUAA